UCAUGAUUGUCUAAGAAGAGCUCUCCAAGUUUUACCUAUCACCAUCUGUGUAUGCACCGUGAGUGAACAUCGAAAGGAACGAAGGGGAAGAAGCAGGAGCAGCAAGAGAAAUGGCGCUUUGAAAGCUUGCAGAGGUUGCCUGGAAGAACUGGAAGAGGUCUGGGACCUGACUUCACUUCUGCAAAGGGCGCAAGAGGUCGUGGAGGGAGACUGUGCUGGGAAGGGCACCAGGGAACCUAGCGUGCAGGUCAAAUACCUAGACAUCAAUAUAGAUCUCGGGAGAUCACGGUCUCCAAGGUCCAGUGAAAGCCCCUCACUGAACACCACAUCUGCUGCCUCAAAUACAGAAGAUCUACUCUUUGAGACACAGUCUCGUAAGCUUGAGUCUCAAGGGUUCACUGACCAGCAGGCUCAGGCUCAAGGCCGAGCUACCAGCGUGCUCCUUCAAGACUGUGAAACUGGAGUACUCCUUCAAGACUGUGCCACCGAUGUGCUUCUCAAAGAUUGUCACUCGAAUAUGUUUCUUGCCGCAAACGUCUUGGCUUCUCAGGAAUCUCUGUCCUCUUUUCAGAUCUUAUCCAGUGGAGACAAGUGCAAUUCCCAAAAACUCUAUGAUGCUACCUCAAGUGAAGGGAGCAGCCAGGGGCAGCAGGUGGACAUGAGGCGACAGCUCAAAUAUAAGAGCCAUUGCAAGGAGUCUGUUCCCAAGGAUGGGAGAGAGAAAUACACAAGGCCCAAAUUAAGACAGAUUAAAAAGGGGCUGGCAGAACGGAGGGCUUACCAAGCCCAAGGGAUGAGUCAUCCUGGCCAGAAAAAAGAAUCAACAGAGUCCCUAAGAAGCAAGUUUCGGCAGUUAGUCCUAAAGAAGAGACAGGUUCCAUCAGAAAGCUUCCAAGAAAGGAUUAAGCUCCUUCUGCAAUGGAUUUUCCCCAGUAAACGCAGAGAACCAGAAGAGCCCUUGCAAAAAGGCAGGCCUGAAAUAGCCACUGUCCAGAGCCAAGAAUCAAUCAAGAGCAAAUCGACCAUGGACAGCAGGGCUGUUGAGGCUCAGACUCUCAUGACAGCUGUUGGGCAGAUCUUAAAGGAGAGGAUGGUGUUUCACCAGGGACCUCACGCCACGGAGUUAAACUGGUCCCAAGCAGAAUUCCAGGGCCCCCAAGGUCCACAUUACUGCCACCACAGAAUCCUGUCUUACCAAGAAGAAAGAAGAAUGAGGAGAGAUACACCCCGUUAUCACCAAGCCACCCCGACGGGCCAUAGCUUUUCCAAAAAGAGUAAGUGGACCAGUCCCAGGGACAGCAAGUGGGCCUUCUCACCCAGGGAUCCAGGUCCCCCUCCAGGCAGAGUCUGCCAGCAUGGCUCACGAGUGACACGGGUCCCAGGCCAUUCCCUCCACUGUCCAAGGCAUGGUCUUCCUCAGAAAUAUACCUCUUCUGGUGAAUCCGAACAUGCUUUUCACAGCAUUCCGGGUAGGAAAACUCUCCUCCAAGAAAAAAAUGCAUGCCAUGCAGAUACAUUUUUCUCCAAUGUUAGCACAUCCUCUGUGUGCUAAAGGCUUCUUCCUACCAGAAAUUUUGUUUCAUG